ACAGCUCUUCACUCCUCUCACUACAGCAGCAGCAGCAGCAGCAAUGGCUUUCAACCCUGGUUCUCCGGGCUUUGGCUUCCCAUUCCCCUUCAAUCCUCCUAACCCUAACCCUUAUGCUCCCCUAAACCCCUAUGCCCCAAAACCGUCAUCAAUGCCACCGCGCCCUCAAGCCCCACCACCUCCGCAACGCUUCCCACCACCACCUUCCCCUCCCAUCCGACCCCCACCACCUCCAGGCCGCGCUCCGCCACCACCUUCACCACCAAUCCGUCCCCCACCGCCUCCAAGCCGCGCUCCACCACCACCUGCCCAAGCCCCACCGCCACCCCGCCGUGCUCCACCACCACCCACACUACCACCGCCACCUCCUCGUCGUGCUCCACCACCACCCACGCUACCACCGCCACCUCCCCGCCGUGCCCCACCCCCACCGGCGACACCCCCACCAUCACCUCGGCGCGCUCCACCCCCACCAUCACCACCCAUCCGACCGCCACCACCACCAACUCCUCACCCCCACGCGCCGCCGCCGCCUCGCCCACUGGCCCCGCCACCUCCUCACAUCAGCCCGCCCACACCCGUGCCGCCGCCACCUGGCCCGCCACACCACAUUGUCAUCAUCGUCGUCUUCAUCUCAUUCGGUGGCCUCCUGUUACUAGCAUGUCUCGCACUCUUCUGCUGGCACAAGAAGAGGGGGAGGAAGACGGAGAGGAAAGCGGAGAUCCACAACUUGAGCGGCCAUGUCCAUGUCAACAAGGCAACAGCGACAGGCCCCGACGGUGCCAAGGCCACCGUGCUGUCAGUCGACGAGGACCUCAAAUUCCAGGAGGUCGCCGGCGAGGCGUCAAGCGCCGCCGGAGCAGGGAGCCAUCAUGCCCCUUGGUCAUGGCACAGGAAGCAGGAAGGCAGAACAGAGCACAAGGCAGAGGUCAUCAAUGUCACGGAGCACAUCCAUGCCGACGAGAAGAUAGUGGCAGGGCCUCACGGCCAGAAGAUUGAGAUCCUUUCAGAAGAUGAAGAUAUCAGGUUUGAAGAGGCAGGCAGGAAGGAAAAAGGAGCUGAAAGAUCAAAUACUCGCAUCAUCAAGACCUGACCUGACAAGCUAACAUGAGAUGCCCCACAGUCUGCAAUCUCUGCAUGCCCAAGUGUUACUACAGCUCUACGGAAAGAGCCUUCAGCUGAGACAGUAACGGUAUACCUACACUUGUGUUAUUUGAUUAUUUUGAUAAGAUUGUAUGUUCUUUGGUGUGAACGAAAUAAGGGAGUCAGAGACACCAUUUGGUUGAAUGGAAAGUGUAACUAUUGCUAUCAGCAUAUGUAAAUGAAAUGGAAUUCUUUAAUGGAAUUGGUAAAAAGAAACGACUGUCAAAUAGGCAUCUGGCGGCUGCAAGUCAAGUCAUAACCAAAUGUACUCACUGACACAAGAUUUCUGUU